ACAAACUAGAACAGUGCACAAAAGCGUUCAAGUCUACAAUGUUUUCGAUAAUCCAUAUUGGAUAGAAAUUGCUUGCAUAAUGGCAUACGUCACCAUUCCUCAACUAUCGAACCUCUCCAUCUGUAUAUAAGAGAAUAGAGUAAAUAUUACUGUCAAGCGUCUUUUGUCCUCUCAUUCGCUCUUGAAACCCACAAACUUACUCAAAAUGACCAUCCAAAUACCCUGUAAUGUCUCUGAUACAAAGCCUCACUUUGUGUUGGUUCCUUUAAUGGCACAAGGCCAUAUGAUCCCCAUGAUCGACAUCGCACGACUCCUAGCCAGUCACGGUGCCAUCGUCACCCUCAUCACAACCCCCGCCAACGCUGCGCGUAUAAGCACCACAAUCGACAAGAUCGAGCGGGCAGGCUUACCUGUCAAUUUCGUGCCUCUCAAGUUCCCAAGUGCCGAAGUUGGUUUGCCAGAAGGUUUAGAAAACAUCGAUAUGCUUCCUUCUCGCGACCAACUCAAGAACUUCUUCGAUGCAAUUUGUAUGCUUCGUGACCCCCUCAUUCUCCACCUACGAGCCUAUAAGCCUCUUCCUACUUGCAUCAUCUCCGAUAACAUUCACUAUUGGACUCGAGAUGUAGCCAAGGAGUUUAACAUACCAAGACUCACGUUUCAUGGGAUGGGAUGCUUUGCUCUCCUUUGUAUCAAGAACGUGCGAGACCACGAGAUUGAGGCAAAGAUAAUCGAUGGGAAUGAAACUUUUGUUGUACCGGGCUUGCCAAUGAGGAUAGAAAUAAUGAGGGCUCAAGUGCCAGGCUUCUUCUCGAUGCCUAGCAUGGAUAAGCAUCGUGAAGAGCUAAGGGCAACCGAGUUGGCAUCUGAUGGUGUUGUGGUAAAUAGUUUUGAUGAUUUGGAGACUAUAUAUCACGACCAAUACCAAAGUGCUAUAGGGAAGAAGGUUUGGAACAUUGGACCGCUGUCCCUCUACAAUGGAGAUGUUGUCGAUGUGACUGCGAGGGGGAACAAAGCCUCCAUUGAUGAAGAACGGUGCUUGAUGUGGCUUGACUCAAUGAAACCAAGCUCUGUAGUUUACGUUAGCUUUGGCAGUCUCGCUCGUACAAUCCCUUCGCAGCUAAUUGAGAUAGGCCUAGCCUUGGAGGCUUCAAAUUGUCCGUUCAUCUGGGUGAUCAAAGCUGGAGAGAGGUUUUCGGAGGUUCAGGAAUGGCUCUCUGAAUUUGAAAAAAGGACAAGGAAUCGAGGUCUUAUAAUUAGAGGAUGGGCCCCGCAAGUGAUGAUUCUAUCACAUCUUGCAGUUGGAGGAUUCAUGACACACUGUGGAUGGAAUUCGACGUUGGAAUCUAUAUCAGCCGGUGUCCCUAUGAUAACAUGGCCUCACUUUGCCGAACAAUUUCUAAACGAGAAAAUGAUAGUGGAAGUAUUGAAAAUUGGUAUAUCUGUGGGUGUCAAGAUCCCUACAAUAUGGGGUAUGGAUACUGAUGAUGUAUCAGUGAAGAAGGAGGAUGUAGAGAAAGCAGUAAGAAGUUUGUUUGAAGGUGAUGAAGCUGAAAAGAGGAGACAGAGAGCAAAGGAGUUUGCAGAAAAGGCCCAAAAGACAGUGGAAGAAGGAGGGUCUUCUUACGCAAACUUAACGCACUUGGUGCAGUAUAUCAAAGCAAGAACUGCGUAGAGGAAGAGAAUGUUGAGCAGAGACAAUGGCUACUGCUUUGAAUGCUUUGCAUUCUUAUGAUUUAUGAUUCUCUAUCUUGGAAGUCAAUAAGAUGCAAUUUAGUAAA